AGGUUGUGGGGCUCGCUGGCUGGUGCGCAGCGAUCGCGACUAACAUGGCAGUCAUCUAUGGUCUGGAAUACUAUAUGAAACCAUUGUCACCGGCGAUGCCGAGAGCGGCUCAGGUCAUCUACGUUGCUGUGCAUAGGGUCGCCUGGUCCGUCGGGUUGGCAUGGGUCGUUCUUGCCUGCCACAUUGGGGCUGGAGGUCCAGUGAAUACUCUGCUUAGCUGGAAAGCCUUUGUCCCUCUCGGCCGACUCACCUACAGCGCAUACCUCGUCCACGUUCUGGUUACGGGUUGGUACCAUUUCGGGAUAGAUUCUUCCGUAUAUGUCGACCAUGAGACUCAGGCGAUUGUAUUCUUGUCCACGCUAAUCCUGACUCACUUCGUGGCCGUCAUCUUCUCUUUGACCUUCGAGAUACCUGUUCUGGGACUCGAGAAGAUCUUUUGUGGACUCAUAUUUGGAGAGGGACCCAAGCCAGGCCAUAAUACCUUCCCGAUAUCUCACAGCAUCAAAGAAGGGGGAAAAGGAAAAGAUUUUUCAAAGGGAAAGCUAGAAGUGCUCCACCUAAAUCUUGCUUCUCCAGUGACUGGCAUUCUGAAAGGAGAUAUAGUAGUACAAGACGUCUCUUGGGAAAAGCGGAAGGACGGCGGCUUGGACAACCCUGCAUUCAUCCCCGACACGAAACAGAAACUCGGCCACGACGAAUCAUUGGACGGUCAAAGUCAGCACAAAUCUCUCUCAUCUUUCUCUCAUUCCACCCCAAGAGGCUCCUCAGAGGAAACCCGAGAGGCAAACGGAGAAUCAACUUCCGAAGGAGAGCAUUCAGACCAAGGAAACAAGUCAUCCUCUCCUCACUCCAGCCCCAGAGGAUCCUCAGACGAGACCAUGGAAGUCAAUGGCCAACGAACCUCGCAGUCCUCACAGGAUGAAGACGAAAUCAAGCCAGAGCCGGCAAUGGAGAAGUUCUGAUAAGAGGCUGACAAAAACGAAAAAAAAAAUUUUCUCGAUGUGAUACACA